GAGACGCGUUGGCUGACGCGCCCAUCUCCGCAUCUCGCAUCAACAACCCCUGGCAGUGCAGCAGCAGACAGACAGCGACCCAGCAACCCAGCGACCAGGAAUACAUCUACACGGGAAACACAGCUGCAAUGAAGCAGUUCCGGUCGCGGGGAGAGAGACGACAGGCAGGGGGGAGGGGGCAGCAGGGCAGCAGGCGGCGGGCGCGUCAUGACGACAGCGCUGCGACCGAGCGACCGUGAAAAAACAACCUCAACAUCGUGGUCAGCCAUGGGCCGAACGGGCCACGGCGAAGACGGAGAGGAGGGGGGGAGGCAUGGGGCUCUUGGAGCCGCGAUGCGCGGAUGGAGGGAAGGCGAUGGAGGCAGGGGCAGGGGCGAGGGCGAAGGCGAAGGCGAAGGGGAGGGAGGAAGAUGAUUACCUUGAGAUGGGCUGGGUGUCUAUCACCUGACAGCAAGUCACCUGCCACGGGCAACAACAAGAGCGAAGGUAGGCUCCGGUUCGUUCACAAAAGCAGGCAAACGACUUUGUUCGCGAAGGAUUCGGGGUGGAUGGCACCGUCGUCGCACUGGACAGCGGACGGAUCGGAUUUGAAAACGAGCAAAAAGCUGUGGAGGAUUUCACAAUGGAAAAAAGGGAUACUUGGAGGAGUAGAGGAGAGUCGAAGUAGAGAGGGACUGAGGGAUGCUCACGUGGCGGGCGACGGAGAGGGAGAGAGCUGCGGCUUGGGGCGGACCACGCAGACCAACUGUGCACUCUGUCACCUGAUCAGCGCAGUACCACUCAGUACUCGCUACGGAGUACUCCCUACCCUCCACUACACACCUCCAUCUCAUCACACCACCACCACCACCCCCUUCUUAUCAUUAUCAGGUUUUUCUCCUCUCGUCUCCCACAUGUCAUGUGCUGCAAUCCCGUGCCCCCCCUCCUCACCCUCCCUUAUCCCUCCUCUUUCUCCUCAUUCACCACCACCGCCAUCCCCCGCCCUGAUUGGCCACCCGGCUAGCCGGAGGAGGGGUUCCCCCGAGAUCACGUGUCGGCCGGCAACCCUCCCCGCCCGAAACGGGUAAAAGGGGGCCUGGCUGCCUCCCCCAGCCAUCCAGGCUGAUUGGUGUCCAGCAAAGGAGUGGCGGCCGUCGUUGUCUCCAAGGUUUCGACUGCACCAUCGCUGCGGAAUGGUCCAGUGCAGUGCCAGUGUCUGUCUUCCCAAUCCUGCAGAAUGGUGCUGCGCCAUGGAGGGUUGCCGGCUCAUCCCCGGUCGGGCCGUUCCUUCUACGUACUAUUUC